AUUACAUUCAUGCAAGGACCUUCAAACUCUGAAACAAGCCCAUGCUUCUCUCAUUGUCUCUAAAGGUUUCCUACCCAUCUCUGUUGCCACAACUCUCAUGAGCUUCUACGCCCAGUUCCAUGACCUUCACAGCGUCGUUCGUGUAUUUAAUACCUUAGAAGAACCCCAUACUAUUGCAUGGAAUUUGAUCAUGAAGUCUCAUCUUGAUUCGGGUCUUUUUUAUUCGGCUUUGUUGUUAUAUAGAACAAUGAGACGUCUGGGUGUUGCCCAUGAUAGUUUCACGUUUCCAAUAGUAAACCAAGCUGUUUCAUCGCUUCAGAGUGAUGUAAUGUAUGGAGAGAUGGUCCAUUGUGUCUCAACGAAAAUGGGGUUUGGAUUUGAUGUUUAUUUUUGCAAUACCAUGAUUGAGGUUUAUUUGAAAUGUGGGUGUGUAGAUUAUGCCCGUAAACUGUUUGAUGCUAUGUCACAGAGAGAUUUGGUUUCUUGGACGUCAAUGAUUUCAGGGUAUGUUGGUGAGGGAAGUGUUGGUAGUGCUUUCAUUUUGUUCCAGGAAAUGAUGGUAAAGUCUGAACCCAAUUCGGUGACUUUGAUGGCAAUGUUGCAGGCUUGUUGUGCCAUUGAAAGUUUGAUCCAUGGGAUGCAACUUCAUGGUUAUGCAAUCAAGAGUGGGUUAUCAAUAGAUGGGUCAGUACAAAAUUCAGUUUUAAAAAUGUAUACUAGGACAGGUAGUGUUGAAGAAGUCGAAAUCUUUUUCAGCAAGAUUGACAGAAAGGAUGAGGUUUCCUGGAAUAUUCUGAUUUCCUAUUAUGCCAUGGAAGGGGAUAUUGAAAAGUUAGUGAAUAUUUUUAUUGAAAUGUGGGGUAGUGCUGCAAUCAGCAUUGAGACUUUAACAUUACUUAUAUCAGCAUUUGCGAAGUGUAGAGAUCUUUUUCAAGGAGAAAAGAUACAUUGUUUAACCAUUAAAACUGGUUUUUGUGAUGAAAUUUUGCUCACUUGUUUGUUAGACUUUUAUGCAAAGUGUGGGGAAAUAGAGAUAUCAGCUCAGUUGUAUAGAGAAAUUCCAAAUAGAAACAUUGUUACGUUUGGUGCUAUGAUGUCGGGAUUCAUACAAAAUGGAUAUAUUAAGGAUGCCAUAAAUUUGUUCCAUCAAAUGCAAGCUGCAAAUUUUGAGCCUGGGGCUGAGAUUUUGAGAAGCAUUCUUGAUGCAUAUACUUAUCUGGGAGCACUGCAAUUGGGUAAGGCAAUCCAUGGCUUCAUUAUAAGAAAUUUGUCUUACAGAUCUAUGGAGGAAACCACACACAUGGAAACCUCCAUCUUAAACAUGUACAUAAGAUGUGGAAAUAUUUCUUCUGCUAGAGCAUGUUUUCAUAAUAUAUUGGUCAAAGAUUUAGUAACCUGGACAACAAUGAUUGAAGGCUUUGGAAGCCAUGGGCUUGGUCUUGAAGCUCUAGAACUUUUUGGUCUAAUGCUGGGGGAAAGAAUAAAACCAAACUGUAUCACCUUCUUGAGCUUACUGUCUGCUUGUGGCCACUCUGGUCUUGUCAGAGAAGGGUGUGAAGUUUAUAAUUCAAUGAAAUGGAUAUAUGGUAUUCAACCUGAUUUGGAUCAUUACACUUGCAUGGUGGAUCUGUUGGGUCGAUAUGGAAAGCUUAAAGAGGCCUUAUCUAUAAUAGUGAAAAUGGUGAUUUUUCCUGAUAGUAGGAUAUGGGGUGCUCUUCUUGCGGCUUGUAGAAUUUAUGAAGACAUAAAACUUGGGGAAUAUACAGCACAAAGGCUUUUGGAAUUGGAACCUGGUAAUAUUGGGUAUCAUACUUUGUUGAGUAAUGUACAAGCAUGUGUUGGACAAUGGGAUGAAGUUGAAGAAGUAAGGAGAGUAAUGAAUGAAAAGGAUCUGAAGAAGAAACCAGGGUGGAGCUGCGUCGAGGCUAAUGGGAUGAUCCAUGGUUUUGUUUCUGCAGAUAGAACCCACCAUCAAGUGGAGGAGAUUUACGAAUUUUUGGGGAGUUUAAGUAGGAUGAUGCUGGAAUUUGUAUAAUCUUCUUAGGCUAAAUUGAUCAAUGGAGUCUUGCAAUCUAAUGCCCAUGCAAAGACAUUAUCCUGGGCUAAUGAAAAAUGCUGGAGAGGAGUAGAAAGAAACUGGGGAUGAGGACCUUGCAGCAUGUUUUAAGAAGUUGAAGUAAAGUGAUGGGUUUAAAUUUGCAUGUCAAAUUGAGAACAAAGUUUGAGAAAUUUUCAGAAUUGGGCUGAUGAGCAGUCCAGAUUUGUUGGGGUCCUUGGAAGAGCACUGGGGAUGGCAUCGGAUGCUCACAGCAGGCAAUUCUCUCUUUAAGGCACUUUAGAGAUCAAUUACCCCAAGAGCUGGUUGAUGCCUAUGAUAAGUUCCAGGAGCAAGUUGACUCAUAUUUGAGUCUGGUCCAAAAUAAAAAGGCAUUAAAGAAGGAAGAAAGGAGAGCAGAGGACAAAGAAGAAUGGAAUAUGCUAAGAGCAAGGUUGAGGAUUUGACGAGGUUGUGUGUGAAAGUUUAUGCACCAAUAGAACUUGCUAAUGUAGGGAGAAGAUGGCUAAUCUUCUGCUGCUGCUGUCACAACUUCAAGAUGGUCAAAACUGUUAUUGCAUGUUGAAACUAGCAGAGAAGUAUGAAUUUGACUAAACGUGAAGCCAUCAAGUGUUAGACUAAAGAUUUGAAGGUCUCUGAUUUGAAUGGAUAUGAAGAAGUGCACAUCCCCACAGAAAGAGAGGUUAAAAUAAUGGAUGAUCAAAAUCUUUUGGAUUCAUGGCCUGUUGAUGGGGCUUUAUCUUUGGCUUUGAUCAGGUUGGCUGCUAUGAGCUUUCAUGUUCCUGUAUCACUCAUUUCUGUGACAGAAUGGAUACCCUUUUUCAUCGGGUGUUAUUACUGCAGAACCGUUUGAAUGGGAAUCCAUUGGGUAUAGUUGAGCCACUUUUGUUGUCUUCCAUAUCCUCCUUAGAAGAUACACCGGUUAUGGGAUUUAAAGGAGAAUUUUCCAAACCCUGAAUUUUAACCUUAGUACUUCCUUUGUGGCUUUAUUAAAAUAUAUUCCAACUAGAUUCUUUUGUUAAAGUUUCGUUAUACUUUUGAAAAUGG